AUCCUCAGCAGAAAGAGAAAAAAUACAUGCACUGAGUUUGGGGAAAACGUAUGUGAUUACUCCAUCCUUAUAAAGCAUCACAGAAUCCACACAGGGAAGAGGCCCUAUGAAUGCACUGAGUUUGGAAAAUGCUUCCCUAGCAGCUCAGCCCUUUCUCAACAUCAGAGAAUCCACACAGGGGAGAGGCCCUAUGAAUGCAGUGAAUGUGGGGGAAAAUUCACACGCAGCUCAGUCCUUAUUAGACACCAGAGAAUCCACACAGGGAAGAGGCCCUAUGAAUGCAGUGAGUGUGGAAAAUGCUUCACUUGCAGCUCAGGCCUUUAUCAACAUCGGAGAAUCCACACAGGGGAGAGGCCCUAUGAAUGCAGUGAGUGUGGAAAAUGCUUCACUGACAGCUCAGCCCUUUCUCAACAUCAGAGAAUCCACACAGGGGAGAGGCCCUAUGAAUGCAGUGAAUGUGGUAAAUGCUUCACUAGGAGCUCAGGCCUUUCUCAACAUCAGAGAAUCCACACAGGGGAGAGGCCCUAUGAAUGCAGUGAGUGUGGAAAAUGCUUCACUUGCAGCUCAGGCCUUUAUCAACAUCGGAGAAUCCACACAGGGGAGAGGCCCUAUGAAUGCAGUGAAUGUGGGGGAAAAUUCAGUCGCAGCUCACACCUUAUUACACAUCAGAGAAUCCACACAGGGGAGAGGCCCUAUGAAUGCAGUGAGUGUGGGAAAACCUUUAUUACCAGCUCAGACCUUAUUAGGCAU